CUGAAGCUCGCCUUUAAUGUCACAACUGCUACUUGUAUGUGCAGACGCAGCCAGUCUCUUCCUCAUGACGCCACCGAGGCUGGGCUCAAAGGGCUUCGAUCAUAACAUGUAACACGCCCACCCUGGAUGAACACUUGGAAGGACGACAAGGCAGUGUUAAGAGGACAAAUGACAACCAGGAUCCCUGCACCUGCCAGCCAGUCUCUGAUUUGACUUCAUCCAUGCUCGCAGACAGGAGCAGCUCUUGUCAAGACGCGGGACGGCAUCCAAGCAUCUCGCAGCGGAUCACCUGGGUUUUUUUUUAAUUCUGUUUUUUUUAAUUAUUUUAAAUUGACCCUAAAUACCAGGAAGGGUGUGUGUCUUUCGGACCAUAUCAAUCUCUCUAGUUACUUUUUUCAGUUAGGACUCAUUUGACAUCUCACUUAAUGUUAUACAAGGAAGCAGGUUUGGAGAAGAAUAUCGGUGCGUUAAAUAGGACCCACUCCCCCCCCCGUUAGGCUACCUCUUCUCACGAUUUAUGAAGUCGUCCGUCUUCCUGAUACUGUAUCCUACUUAACGCAAUGAAUGAAGACCACUCUGUGAGCCGCUGCCAGUGAAGUGUCCAGUGCUCACAAUGUGCCGGUCUGUUCACCUGCCUGAGACUGAAGAAAUCGGACUGCUGUAAAAAACAAAAAACAAAACGGAGCACAUUAUGGAGUUCUUGACAUAGGCUGACACGCUUUAAAUGUGCAAUGACCGUAGUAAAUCUUCCAACUAAGACCGCUGCUUUGUCAACACUGUUGGACAUCGUUGUCGGUGCCUGAGGUGCGCUGCGCUUAAAGCUGACUUUGUGUACAGAAAAUAUGAUAAAGAUGAUAUUGUUUCGUAAAUUCAGAGUGUUGAUACUCAUGGUAUUUCUAGUAGCGUGCACUAUGCAUAUCAUGAUAGACUUGUUACCAAAACUAGAGAAGCGGGCGGACAGCGGGGACGGCGGCUGUCAGUGCGCUCACCACCCGGGCAGGGAGUCGCAGGGCUGGGGGAAGCAGCGCGCCAGGUCUGCGGCUGAAGCGGGCUGGCCUAACAAACAUACGCUGAGAAUCCUGCAGGAUUUCAGCAACGAGCCGAGCUCCAACCUCACUUCCCAUUCUCUGGAAAAAAUCACUGUAGCCGGGGACAGAGCGGAGUCCUUCAAGCGGAUGAGACCGUCGGCGAACAAGGCAGAGGACCACAAGCCGCUCAUUGGGGACGCAAGUGGGGCUCGGACUGUCCCUGCCCACGGUGUCUCCCGACUGGCUGCUCUGUUUGAGCAUCCCUUAUACAAGGUUGACCUUCCUCCCCUCGUGGACGAUGACACUUUGUUUAAUGUCAACACUGACAUCAGGUUUUAUCCCAGAUCAACGACGAACCAAGGAUGGCACAAUGUGGACGGGAAUGAAGAGGAGGAGGAGUUCUCUCCAACAGGAGAGGCGACGGCAGAGUCUUACCCCAACUGGUUACGUUUCCACAUUGGGAUCAAUCGCUACGAGCUGUACUCCAGACACAGCCCUGUGCUGGAUGCCCUGCUGAAGGACCUGGUCACACAGAAAAUCACCAGUGUGGCCAUGAAAUCAGGAGGCACCCAGCUGAAGUUGAUCCUGACUUUCCAGAACUAUGGACAAGCACUGUUCAAGCCCAUGAAGCAGACCCGGGAGCAGGAAACCCCUCCAGACUUCUUCUACUUCUCUGACUUUGAGAGGCACAAUGCUGAGGUUGCUGCUUUUCACUUGGACAGGAUCCUUGACUUCAGAAGAGUGCCUCCAGUGGCAGGACGACUUGUCAACAUGACAAGGGAAAUCAGAGAUGUGACACGUGAUAAGAAGCUGUGGAGGACCUUCUUCAUCUCACCAGCCAAUAACGUCUGCUUCUAUGGUGAAUGCUCUUACUACUGCUCCACUGAGCAUGCUCUGUGUGGAAAACCAGACCAGAUUGAAGGCUCACUAGCAGCCUUCCUCCCAGACCUGAACCUGGCCAAACGCAAGACCUGGAGGAACCCCUGGAGACGCUCCUACCACAAACGCAAAAAAGCAGAGUGGGAGGUGGAUCCAGAUUACUGUGAUGAGGUGAAGCAGACGCCACCAUAUGACCAAGGCACUCGACUGCUGGACAUCAUGGACAUGACCAUCUUUGACUUCUUAAUGGGUAACAUGGAUCGCCAUCAUUAUGAAACUUUUGAGAAAUUUGGAAACGACACCUUCAUUAUUCACCUGGACAAUGGAAGAGGGUUUGGAAAACACUCCCAUGAUGAACUGUCCAUCCUGGUGCCUCUCAGCCAGUGCUGCAGGGUGAGAAAGUCCACUUAUCUGCGUCUCCAGCUUCUGGCCAAAGAGGAGUAUCAGCUGAGCUCCCUGAUGGAGGAGUCUCUGCUGCGUGACCGACUGUCCCCCGUCCUCAUCCAGCCUCACCUCCAGGCCAUGGACCGCAGGCUCCGGCUGGUCCUGAAGGUCCUUGCGGGCUGUAUAGAGAAAGAAGGCUAUGUUAAUGUUGUGGAGGAAGAUUUAGCUGGGGACACGGCCACCCACAGGAGCCCAGGCCACAGGUAGUGAGCGCAAAGCUCCAGGGUGACAGGAACCACCCGUGACACAUGGACCACAUCUGUGGCCGUCUCCCCAGCGGGAUUGGACCGAAAAUCCCACUUCUAAAGCUGAAUUCAGUGAAUUCCAAGACUUGCCAUCAUUGCCUCUUUGAAAACUGCUUUUAAGUGUGUUUAUUUCAAAGGAACUGUCAGUUACAAUGAAAGACUGUGCUCACUAAGAGACCUUGUAUUUGUUACAUACAGAUGUAUUUUUGUUUCAUCAAAGGUUGUUUAAGCGAUAAAGGAACCAAUGCUGUGUUCGGAUUCUGUCGUGUUUGUUUUUAAUAUGGAGGUACUAGUUUGCUUUAAAGUAUGUUUUAUUAUAUUAGUACAUAACCAAAAUUUACACUGACUGGGCAGCAAAUGGUCAGACAAUAAGCUUUAUCGGUUAUCGCAAUGUAUGAAAAGGUUCGUGAGUGGAGGUUUCAAGAUCUUUUUCCUUUUGUAAAAACAUGUCAGAAAAGAUCGGUUUCACCUUCUGCAGUGAUCCAUAUAUCAGCAUAAGGAUAAGUUAGGCCUGGCACAAACAACUGACACCAGGAGAAAGAGUUAUAGUCUGUUCUCAUUACUGUCUUUAUAAGCUUCUUUGUCUUGACACAGACCAGCUGAAAAUGUUACUACAAACUUAUGAACAGUAUAAAUCUGAGUGCAAACACAUUUUACACUGCAGUUCAAACAGUACCUUCACUUUUUUUUUUUACUUUCCUAGCAGGUUUAUCUUGCACUACACUAAAUACUAAACUAGUAUUUUCCAAACCAAAACUACUCUAAAGACCGGAGCCCAUACUACCAUCAUUACCUGCAGAACUGAAACGUUUAGUAUUGCCUGCUAUGAGAUAAUUUUACAGUCUAUGAAAUGCAAAGUUACCGUUUGUAUGUUGUUUCCUUUUAUGAGAUUUUGUGUCCUAGUGACUAUUUAUUGGUAUGCUCAUAUAUUUUAGGUUAUGGAUUGGCUUCAUGUAGUUUUAGAAAACAGGAAAGGUUUGCAAUAGGCCCUGCAGUAUUUGGAUACAGUUUAAAUUGGCAUUACUUUGGAUACUAUUUUUAUGUUUAGACAUUAAAACAAAUCUGUUUGAUUUUGAACAUUAAGUUAUUGAAGUGGUGCCAGUGCACGUUUCAUUUUCCUCCUUUGCAUCCUGUGUAUUAGUUAACCCGGUACCUGUGCAAUGACAGAAAUGCAGUACUUGAAUGUUUUGGGGUUGGCAGUACGGACAGGACUCAGAGAGGUACAAACAGUGUAAAGGCUGAGACUCAGGUCUGCUUGGGGGCAUGAUAAAGGGGUUAAAAUGUCUCGUUCCACCACAGGGAUAUCUGAGCACUGUUCUUUGAUUUUCAUAUUCUCAGUGUAAAUAACUAUAUAUACAUCAAAAACCUAACAAGCUGCACUAUACAAUGAUUUGCUUCUGUUUUCUGCUACUACAUUGUUACUGUGAAGAUCUGUUUAUUAAAUGAUUAAAAUGUGCAAUAAAAACAAAAGUGAGGAC